AUGCAAAAAUUAGGCGCUUCCCCUAUUCAUGCCGAUAUCCUCCUUUGCAUUCUGUGCGCGCUUCCAACGUUUGAGGCAUUGUUCGCCACCGUCAGGGCCUCAAAAGCUUUUCACGCUACUUACGUUCAACACGGGAAGCGAGUUCUUAACUCCGUUGCCUUCAACUAUGUGGGCCCCGCGCUUCCUUUAGCUUUGCAGGUCGCCCGCUACGAUUCGCAUCUUUCACCUGAGGGAUUCAAUACAGGACUGUCGGAUAAUGACCACAACACAGGCCUUCAGGUAGAAAUCAAGGACGUUUAUCCCUUGGUAAACAAUGAAAAAGUCGUCGCAGAGUGGGAGAAUUUAUUUAGUUUUCGAAAGAAAGACAUGCGUCAUGAAACCAGUCAACUUACAAGCUUGGAAUCUUGGCAAUUCCGAAAGGCAAUGCAUCGUCUGAUGUUGUAUACACGUCUCUUCCCAACUGACGAGUAUGCCUAUUGCAUCACGAGCAAUAGUGACUGUGUUGAUCUCACCACCAAAUUAGAAAAAGAACUCCUCACACGACAGGAGUUUCUGUCGGACUGUUUCACCAACGAACUUGAUCAACUACGCGAAGUGGCAACUUUUGCGCUGGAAAUCAUAAGAUGGGUUGAUAAUGUCGAUAGUUCUGACAUGAUAGCAUCCAACAGAGAUUUUACUGACAUCGCCCUUUCUGUUGGACCUGCCGUAAUCCUCGAAUGUUACAAAACCCUCGGAUUCGAACCCUUGACUGAAACGAUCAACAAACUGUGUACCGAUACAACGCCCGAUUAUUUUGAAGAUAAAAGUUCACGACCUCUACUCGCUGGGUAUCUCUUCAAAUCCGUCUCAGCUGUUCUCGAAAAUCGCGAUGCAAAUGACCACCGAUACGUUCGCAGUGUGGUGCUGAAUCCUACAUCGGGGGACUCUGGGGCAAAACUAACCCUUGGUACCUAUCUCUUUCCCUCCCUGUCUAUGUUCAUGAAGGGCGAGCUUCAUCGCAAUCCUGUCGAAAUCAAGCACGUCGAGGCACUGCUCGUCAAAACUCCGUUUAAAGAGAUUUAUGAAGAUAUCUACAGCAAGAAUCUCAAACUACCCGCGUGGCACGACAGAAACGACGAUUAUUGGAUAUGCCAGGCAUGCCUAACACAAUUUGUAAAGGACCACCUUCACUUAUGGGUCAUUAUGAAGCGGAAAGAAGCAAAGGAACGAAUAGCGAAUGAUUGUUGGUAUGGAUAUAACUGUCGAACCCAAGUCCACAAAUCAAAUCACGCGCAACAGCUCAAUCAUCUGUGCGAGCCGACGCGAUGA